UUGCAAUCAUGAGUCGUUGGGUGGGAAAAGUCGCUGUUGUUACUGGGGCUAGUGCUGGAAUUGGGGCUGCAAUAGUCGAAAAACUAGUUCAAGAAGGACUUAUUGUGGUUGGGUUUGCUAGGAGAAAAGAAAGAGUUGAAGAACUAGCGAAAAAAUUGCAGAAAGCUAAAGGAAAACUGUACGCGGUCAAAGUUGACAUAACAAAAGAAGACGAAAUAAUUGAAGGAUUCAACUGGGUGAAAAAAAAUGUGGGGCCGGUGCAUAUUCUUAUAAACAAUGCGGGAGUUGCGAAAAACAAUAGCCUGAUUGAUGGUGAUUCUCAGAAAUGGAGGGACGUUUUAGAUACCAAUGUUUUCGGAUUGUGUGUGGCCACCAGGGAGGCGAUCAAAGACAUGAAACUUAAUAACGUAGAGGGACACAUCAUACACAUUAAUAGUAUUGCCGGUCACAAGGUUGUUAAUUUCCCGAAAUUAAAUGUGUACGGUGGGAGUAAAUAUGCUGUUACAGCCCUGGCUGAAACACUGAGAAAUGAGCUUUUGCAUGAAAAUUUAAAAAUCAAAGUAACGAGUGUUAGUCCAGGACUUGUCAAAACUGAAAUAUUUGAGACUGCAGACUCAAUAGAGAAAGCAGCAAUCGAAGGAAGACCGGCAUUGACCUCGGAAGACGUAGCCGAUGCUGUCUGGUACGCCCUUGCAACCCCUCCACACGUAGAGAUUCCAGAACUCACAAUUAAGCCUCUUGGUGAGACUUUCUAAAUAAAAAAAUAUUUCAUUGUAUUACAUGCAGUAAUCUUAAUAAAUCUUAAAUCAAAAUAA